GUGAGGCAACGUUGCUGAAAAGAACCGCCUUUACCGUUUGAAUAAUUACUCAAAUCCGAACGUGUCCAGCACAAACAGAAGAGCUAAACAAAGCCUAAAUUUCAGAUAAGACAAAUUAUAAUCAUUUUGAAGCAGCAAUGGAAUAUUGUUCGGUUAUUAGACUCUCUGCGCGGGUAAACUUCAGAGUAGAAGUGUUCGGAAUCGAUGAUUGCCGAACCUAUCAGUAAAUAAGUUCAGCACAACCUUUCAAAUCUAAUAUUCGUAUUCAAAUAGAAAAUCGCGCUGACUUACCCAUUCGACAGUGGCACCAGCUUUGGGUGUUAUACUGCUAUGCCCGUACCACCACAAUGACGUCUGUGACGCAAACUUCUUGUGAUUACAGGUUAGGGGUGCUUUCGUGCUCGGUACUCAUAGUUGACAGUUAUCAGACCGACCCAGUCCCUGGGCUCGACGAAACCUUCGCUUCGGCAACAAAAACGCAGCUCCACAAGGUACCUGUCCUACGCGUCUUCGGAAUCGAUGUAGAGAAUAAAGGUCGGAAGGUCUGUGUGCACAUACAUCGGGUCUACCCAUAUUUGUGCAUAGCCAUGGGAUCCGAUGUGCCCGACGAUCGGCGCAAGAACACCUUUGUGGAGGCUUUGGAGAAAGCUCUUAAUGAACAUGCGAAAGUGGCCAGGCACCGUGUUGUCGAAGCUACCUUCUUUAAGGGACGAAAAUUUUAUGGCUACCACGCUGAUGAAGAAGUUUUCCUUCAGAUAGCGUUCAGUGAUCCCCGUACUAUCAAACGUGCAUCAGAGGUUAUUACUUCUGGACAAGUAGGAAGUCCCAUGCCUGUUUUCGAGGCUCACAUUCCCUUUAAUCUACAAUUUAUGAUAGACAAUCAAAUACAGGGUAUGAAUCUUUUGCAUAUCGGUAAAUGCCAAUUUCGAAUUAAUAGUGAAAAACCAACAGGAAGUGCAAGUUCUACACUUACAAAGCAAACGUGCUGCCAAGUGGAAGUUGAUUGCGUCAUCGAGGACAUCUUGAAUCAGGUGGAGGAGGUGGAAAUGAACCCGGGUUUACAGGCAAUUUGGCAGGAUCCGCGACUCAGCGAAGUCGCACAGUUGGAUACAACAAUAAUACAACGCGUUAUAGUCCCAAGCGAGAGGGAACUUUCGUAUAGAAAACUGUUGUGGAAAUUUCUCGGUAUACCGAUUGAAGAACAAGAAAAUCUUGCUGAGGGCAUAAAAAAUGAAUCAUUUGAUGCACCCGAUAAGGCCGAACAUGAGAUUGAUGCAAAGAAAGGCUUAUCUCAAGAAAGCCAGGUGAAGUUUCAGGAUACUCUCCUUGAUGCUGCGGCAGAUUUGCUUAAUGGAGAAGCUGAUUCAGUACUUUUUCAGGGACCAAGCGCUGAUGAUGAUGAAUCGUACGAGCGAGAAUCAGCUGAAAUGUCUCAGAUUAUUUCGGAGGAUAUACUGCAAGAUACUAACAGCUUAGAAGAUUCAUCAGUAUCAGAAAAAACACCUGUCUCUACAUUAUUUUCGGAUACUGAAAGCACACAUACAGAAAAUUCUACCCAGUCGUUUCUGGCGGAGCUUGCUGCAAUGCGUGAGGACACGGAAGGUUCGCCAGUCAGGCACGAACAACAGGUACAGAUUCAAAGUGACAGUAGUGUUAUCUUCUCUGAUGAAGAGACUCUUAUCGAGGUGCCCGCGAGUGAUGAAGAGAGUGUCAAAGAAGAAGUAAAGACUAAGGAGCCUUCGAUAUGCGGAAAAAUUGAGCAACCAUCGACUUCGGGAAUUAGCCACUUGACGACCUCGACUGCUCCUCCCAGUGCUUCCCUCAGACAAUCGGAAACAGCAUUGGUAAAGCUCAUAGAUAACGACGUCUCCUCUGAUGAAGAAGCUAUGGUUGGCAAUAUUACUAUAGCCACAAUUAAUGAGGACCAAGAGACUCCCACAAGGUCACCUAAAAGGUGGGACGUUCUAAAAGACUUGCCGCAGAAAAAACGUUCUGCAGCCGUUGAGGAGAUCCUGCAGUGGUUACGACGUAAGAAAAGUCGAACUUUCGGGAAUACUGAAGGAACAAAGCCAGAUCAAACUAUUAGUCAGCAUUCAUCAAACGACACGCUCACGCAAGACCUUCGGUUUGCGUAUAGUUUUGGGGGGACUCCAGAAACGACUGAGAGAUACUACGAGAUGAUUACAUCGUUAGUGUGUGAGGUUCAUUGUGCGACAAGGGGUAACCUAAAACCGGAUCCUGCGUUCGAUCGGAUACUGGCAGUAAUUUUCGCACUACACAAAGACUUCCCGGGAGAAAGUGACGUUAUACAAAUAAAAAUUAUCUAUGACGGGUGCGUUAGUGACACAGCAUUACGAAGAUCGUUACUUGCAGAGAUUGGCAUAGUUAACAGUGUAGAGUUGUUUAGGUGUUCCAGUGAAAUUAACCUGAUUAUGAAGCUUACGGAACAACUGGCUAAAUGGGAUCCAGAUAUUAUUCUUGGGUACGAAACUGAUACUCUAUCGUGGGGUUUCCUUAUUGAACGGUGUCUAGCUCUACAGAUGAAUCCGAAAUUACUUCUGUCUAGGGUAGCCGUUGAAGUAUCAACUGAGGAGUCUGCCUGUCAGCCACAAGCACAACCGCCAGAGUUAACAGCUGGCGUAAGGUUCGAUUCAGAUAAGGAACGCUACUUUGAGUCUUGGGAGUAUCGACUCACUGGCCGAGUCUUGUUAAAUGUGUGGCGAAUUUUACGAAAAGAACUGUCACUAACAAGUUAUAGUUUUGAAAAUGUGUACUUCCAUAUACUACAUCGGAGAGAAUCUAGAAUUGCUUGGAGAACGCUUCGAGAAUGGUACGAAGACGAAUUACUUGCUAGUCGCAGUCUUGCGUAUUAUGUAAAAAGAUGCGUCGGAUGCCUGGAAAUGUUAUCCAAGCUUGAGAUUUACACAAAGACCUGUGAAAUGGCUCGAAUUUAUGGCAUCCAGUUUUAUGAAGUACUAAGUCGGGGCUCACAAUUUCGAGUAGAGUCCAUGAUGCUCCGGUCAACGAGACGGGAUGGCUUCAUUGCUUUGUCACCUACAGUACUUGACAGAAACCUGCAGCGAUCGAUGGAGUGGAUUCCAUUGGUUAUGGAGCCGCAUUCAAAUUUCUACACAGACCCAGUGGUAGUGCUAGACUUUCAGUCACUUUAUCCAUCUGUGAUGAUCGCUUACAAUUACUGUUUCUCUACAUGUCUUGGAAAAGUUCAGGAUAUAGUGAAGGGAACCCAGUCAAUCAAGUUUGGUUGUUCAGAUCUUUUAGUUGAUAAGAACAAGCUAUUACAGCUUAAAGAUGAUCUUAUUAUUUCACCCUCAGGGUCUAUUUUUGCAAAACAUCACAUCAGAAAAGGCAUCUUACCUCAAUUGGUCGAGGAAAUUCUUAAUACCCGUAUUAUGGUUAAGAAGGGUAUGAAGAAAUGUAAAAGCAAGUCGUUUCAUCGCAUACUUGACGCGCGUCAACUCGGACUAAAGUCGAUUGCCAAUGUCACGUAUGGUUAUACUGCGGCUGGCUAUUCAGGCCGGAUGCCGUUGGUUGAAUUGGCUGAUUCUAUUGUAAGCAAAGGUAAAGAGUCUCUUGAGACCGCUAUCAAAAUUGUCAAUACAACGCCGGAAUGGGGCGCCGAUGUCCUUUACGGUGAUACAGAUAGUAUGUUUAUCUUGUUAAGGGGUCGUGACAAAGCUGAAGCCUUUAGAAUCGGCAGGGAUAUCGCAGAUCGCGUUUCAGCUAUGUUCCCGGAUCCGAUGAAGCUCAAGUUUGAAAAAGUCUAUUUGCCUUGUAUAUUGGAGACUAAGAAGCGUUAUUUUGGAUACAUGUUUGAAAGCGAAGAUCAGAACGAGCCAGUGCUUGACGCCAAGGGGAUUGAGCUCGUUCGCCGUGACGGCUGCAAGGCUCAACAAGUAAUUUUGGACAAAGCCAUUAAAACGCUGUUCGAUACAAAAAACUUCGAUGCGGUUAAGAAGACAGUACAGAAAAGCUUUGAGCUAAUGCUAAAGGGACAUUUUGGGCUUCAUCGAUACAUUUUUGCAAAAGAAUACAAUGGCGCUAAGUACUACCAGAAAAACAGCUGUGUACCCGUUCUAAAGGUGGCGCGUCUGCUAAAGAUGGAUGACCCACGUGCCGAACCUUUAGUUGGCGAACGAGUUCCGUACAUCGUGACGCAAGGUUGGGAUAAAUCGCGGAUAAUAGAUCUGGUAUCGCAUCCGGAUCGUCUGAUCCAAGAUUGUCGAUUGAGACCAAAUAUAACGUACUAUAUUCUGCGAGUAGUAUGCCCUGCACUGGAUCGUGCCCUGCUCAAAGUCCGAACAGCGGAAUGGUAUCACCAACUACCUAAAAAUCUCCGAGUGCCGUCAAGUAAGGAAGGCGUAAAAAAAACUAUGGUUCAUGAAUACUUUGACGUAAACCGCUGUAUUAUAUGCGAUCGUUCAGAACCGUGUGUGAAUCGGAUCUGCGAGGGCUGCCAGUCAGAUAGUCAGAGGGCUGUGUAUGUGAGCCAGAGCAAAAUGCGUGACCUAGAAGAUGAUUUUAAUCGAAUACUAGCCAUUUGCCAAGGGUGCACGGGACGGCAGGACGUAGAGAAUUGCAUCUCGCUUGACUGUCCAAUUUUCUUCCGAAGAAUCAAUCUUCGUCAUCGCCUUGAAGCUGUUGAACAGCUCAAACUAGUACAGUACAUGUUUUAAAGUUGAACAUUCGGAUCUCGGGUUUUUUUAUGCGCUGCAAUACACACUAUAUUGUUAAUACUGAAUCGUAAUAACUGGGUGUCUGCACGAUCUUUUAGAUAUAGAUUUUGCUAAACUGAACUGUACUUCAAGUUGUUGAGUGGUCAACUAGAUUAAAAACUGCGUGAAUGUUUUACGUUUCUACUUACUGCUCCAGAUGCUUGGAAAUUACCUUUGUUCUUCUGAAUGAAACGCGUAAACCUUUAUCUUGGCCUACCUCAGUUAUGGGCCGCGUAAUGUAUAGUCGGUCACGAGUAGACAACUGUCACUGUUUCUUCGGUUUUGGGAAUCCUUUUAUUACGUUUAUUCUUUUGGGAUCUCUUCUUUCUGAUAGGCAAAAACCUCGUUAGCUUCAACAAAUUGAACAGUUUAUCAGAUUGGCUAUACUUUUCCUCGACUGCAAAGUUCGGCAAUUUCGCAACAAAUUACCUCGGGUCGCUAAAACUUGGUACUUAUAUCUUCAAUAACUUUUUUUUAUUGCCUUUUUGCCUCAAUGAUAUUUUUGUAAAUAGCAUAUCAAAUACCCUAGUAAGUCGAAUAUGUAAAUAGGCUAGGUUCGUGUAUAAAGAUAACGUCUGUGUAGAGAAUAAAUCAUUUUUGUAUUGACUCUGUUUGUUUUAAUGUAUUGCAGAAUAUAACGUUUAUGGCACCAAUUAAUGUUUUGCAAAAUAUUUGCAUUGCAUGCGCUUCCUACAUAUUGAAAUGCAGCGACAGUUUUCGUGUUUAAUUUGUUACUUUUACCGAAUCUUAUCGUCUAUAAAUAUAGCAUUCAUUUGGUGGCUUUGAAAUAAUGCUUUUGAUAACUACUAGAGUUAAACAAUGCUGUCAACCGAAAUGUUUCUAUUGCAAGGAUAGUGAUAAAAUUGUUGAGCGCUGUUCAAUUUAUUUUAUUAGUAAAAAGAGCAAAAAACAAGACAAAGGAUGAACCACGUGGUCUACCUGCUUAGUGUAAAAUGAAAUGCCGCACAAUAUUCCGGGUAGAUUUUUUAAAUGUCAUUCAUUUUAUGCACGCGGCAAUCAUACUACUGCGGCGUAUGCGUAUUUUUUUUUAUCUUUCCUGUAGGAAUUAUAUGAAGAAUUAGAAAAGUAUAGAAAACUGAUAUUAUCUUAAUCAAUUGAGUAUCUGCUAACUGGUACACCUCUAAACGGAUAUAGAUCACCUCUAGACCUUCUUCAUCAAAGCAUAGCUACAACUACUCUGCUGUAUAUAUGACAAGGUUUUAUGUUUAGGUUAUGGCAUUUCACGAAACGCUGCACGCACUAUAGAUGGGCUCUAUCCACUAAAAUGGUUCUUUGCAAAAUGGCUUGUUCUAUUAGUUUACGGCAUCCUUCCGAAUAUCUCAUGUGUGAUUUUUUCUAACAUUUGGCUCCCCAUUAUACAUUUUUAUGAAUGAGGUAUUGCAAAACCUUUUCAGCAGUAUCAACUUCUUUUGUCGUCGUAAAUGAUACCAUAGAAGCAGGAUAUUUUUUAUCUGCUCUAUGUCAACCUGGCACAGUCAACAGCAGAUGGUUUUAUUGAAAAAUUUCUUUUCAAUAAUACUGUCGACUAGUCUCUGUUACCUUCAUACCUUUUUUGAGCGAUAGAACGUAUUUUAUUUUUUUAAGGGCAAUGUGGCUGUGGAUUAUGUAUCCCUCGCUAUACCUUUCGGUUGUUGUGAUCUUACAAAUACAGUGUCUGACGGAAGUUGUCUAUAUGAUUCAUUUAUUAAAACUAGACAGGCAGCAAAUAUACUAAAUAUGCUCUCCACACGUAAUAAGCUUCCUUGUUUAUUAGGCCAGUAGAUGAAAUCAAUUUUACUAUAACGUACGCUGUUAAAAUAACUGAAAGCGCAUUCCAGGUUUAUCGCUUACAAUUGAAUAAAGUUAAUUUACUAACACAAUAAUUACGUCAAUUACGGUGCGCUCAACAGUAAGUAGAGGCGUUAUAUAUAAUAUUAUAUGAUAUAUAUAAUAUAUUAUAUAUACAAUAUUGUAGUGUAUAGUGCGUUACGUAUUAUAUGGUCUCACUCAAUAUUCGAUGCGGUAAACCGAGCGUGAUUGAUAAUAGGCGUAAAGUGCGGCAGAAAUCAUCAUUUUUUUUAUUAAGUGUACCUUAAAAUUAGCAAAUUAAACAACUUAAAUACUUGUCACUGAGUUCCGGCUGCGUAUAAAGAAGCAACCAAACGUGCGAUUUUGUGGAGAAAUAUAGCUGUCACCACUGAUCAAGCUAAUUCAGAAAAAUACCGGAAAGACAGCUUCCAGCCUAGGACUGUCUAGGUGUCUUAUCGUUUUGCGAAGGUACUAAUAGCCUGAAAGGCACACGUGCGUUUAGGUCGAACUCAGGGCGUGUCACCUAGAUGCUAAUGAAGAGCUCAGAACUGGACGAUCAGAAACGUUGAACGUAACACUGACGUUGCUGGUCAAAGCGUGUUAGAAUUGAAUGAAUUGCACUCGUUUCAUUUUGCCUUAUUGUCAUUGAUCUUGAAUAAUUGUAAUAAUAUUAUAAUAAUAAUAGUCGUAUGUCACAACACACAAUCUCUCGACUAACUUCUAUUAAUAAAAUUAUUUAGGGUGCCAAAUAUCGUCCUUCCUUUAUUUAUUCUGAAUUCAGUAAAUAAUUAAGUGUCUAGAUUUCCUUUAAUUUUCGAGCUUCACAUAAGGAGAGAUUUGCUUCGAGUGGCAUGGGACGUGCGUUUCUAAAGCGAGGAAUGUCGUGAUUAACGGGUAUACUGUAAGAGUGUUACGCAAAGAAGGGAUCAGUAAAAUUCAUAAACCUUCCUUACAACCAAAGACUACAACGAUGCCAAAAAAAUGUCAAGUGAGCAUAGUUUGAUAUACUGCACCACUGAGUAAAUCCAAUUACAAACGUAAAGCUUACUUUUCUCAAUACGUUAAAUGGCGUCAUGAUUGGCACCGUGGCCUUAAUAUAUGUGAUUAUGCAUUUCCUGUUUAUCUAGAAAACCCUUCGAUGCGUACUCAUCAUUACAGCUUUGAGCAAACUGUUGAGACUUCUUAUAAAUUUUUUAUCAUUUGUUAUGGUGACAUAACUACACUUCCAUAAUUAAGUGCGCACAACUUGGAUUUCGACAACGAUCCGCGGUUAGCCAAGUAUGAUUUAUCAACGCCAUGAUAGUAAAUGGCACUUGACAGGAGUACUGCCGCUAUUUAACUAUCGUAUACAUGUCUGUCGUAUACAAUAUGCUGUACUAUACAUAUUGUGUAUUAGCUAUUGUACUAGUGUUCAUAGUUGUCAACGUUUGAUCUCGUCUGUCUAGUCGGUUUUUGGUGGGUAUAACGACUGCCACUGCAGCCGUACGGUGCUCUUUGUGUACUGUGGUCCCCUUUGUAUGCGAAUUUUCAAUUACCAUUGUUUUGCUACAAGUUUUUAUUAUCAAAAUAUUAGUUCGUGAAAAUUGUUUAGUUCAGAGUUUACUUGCUGAGGAAUUGAUUUUUGUCUCGAUGAUUACCUCAUGUAUUUUUACUCGGGUCGUGAAAACGAGAGUUUCAAGUAUCGCAAAACCUUCAGCAAUACUAUUUCACAAAAUUGUAUACGCUUUAGGCAAAACAAUUGAAAGUGCUAUUUUAAUUAGAAAAUGUCUUUUUCUUUAACUAACAUUGGGUAUUUAUUGCAAGCUUGUUAAGACCAAGCACUUUAUUCGCGUAAACAUUUAGUACACAUCGUGUCAAGCUCUAAUCAAAUCUGGUUGCUCUGGGUAUCUCGUAGACAACAUACGUUAGCUAAGGCUUUAUACCUUCCGUCUUUAUUUUCUUCUACAGAAGACCAAUUUUCUGCUUUAGGAUUGAGGGUACUUAUGUUCUUUGCUUUGCUCCCUUUGGUGAUUCUUAUCUGCGAUUAAUGACGCUGCGUCAAAGCCAAUAAAAAAAAGUAAAACCAAAAAUUAUACUAAUAAGUAUUCCUCUCUCACGAAAUCAAACAAAUUGGGUUUAAUCUUUUGGAAUGCGUCCUACAUAUGUUAGCGAGAAACGAUAUCCACUUGUCUUUCAAACGUGUAUUGAGAAAGCGUGUGUUCCGAGUGUAGAUGAUUUUCGAAUUGGACACAUUUUUAAUAUUACUUGCACGUUGUUUAUAAGCAUAGGAGGGACCUUGAGCUCGCGCCUGAACGUCAAUAAAACCGACUAUUUAGUGUAUUUUAUUUCCUUAGGAAAAGUAUUUGUUGCGUAGGAAUUCGAAUAAUGAAAUAAAAACAUUUCAAGGUUUUUAGAAACAUUUACAAAGAGAGAAAUUGGCUAUUUAGUCUAAAUCCUAUUCUAACUUUCAAGUCUUAUAGAUUCGCUUCUGAUUUUCAAAGGGUACCGCACAGGGAAGAAAAAAUACUGGCCUUAUUAGUUCACUUUAAUGCAAACGCAGUGCUAAUGAUAUACCUAAGCACCGUAGACGAAAACGCACACGUUCGGCGUAACGGCUAUUGUACACCCCGUAUCGUUAAAAUGGACAAAAACUGGCUUCAUUUAUACUGAUGAGCAGGCUCAUCCGAUAGUAAAUAAUGUUCUAUGGGUUGCUAUUUUGUACUGUGUUAUUCAAAUUUCAAAGGAAAUGCAUUAGACGAAUCAAAUGACGUUGAGCCGACGUCAGGAUUCGGUGUUCAAACGCCCGCAUUAUAUGUUACGUUUUAAGUGAGUGAAAAUUGAUUUAAGCACCUCAAUUAAACAACAAUUAGCUGUACUCUCGGAACAAUAUCUACGUGGUAAGAGAUCAUUCUGUUUUCUAUACUUAUACAAUGACCAAUGUUAAAUAUUUGUAUAAUUAGUUUUAUAUUUUAGCUGGUUACACCAAAAAUUAACAAAACUGCAUAUUCUUCAAUAGUGCUUAUAACUGGACAACCGAUAUCGGCUACGCAGACCUCUAGUCUUAUCGAUUUUGCAACAAAACGUGCUGAUAUAUGAAGUUCGAUUGGAAGUCGUCACCUGAAAAAGCUAAUCGUUGCGUAAUUCAUAAUUGCAAAUGACAAUUUUCAAGAUAACGGAAAGCUGUCGGCAAACGCAAUAACAGAGGGAAAAGUUUGACAGAAACAUUUCUAGUGUUUGAAGAAAAGACUUCGGAUCAAAAAUACGUACGCUUCAUAGAAGAUACGGAUAAGGACGUGGAGCAGUAGCUGUUUAUAGCAACAAGCGAUUUCCCAUGAAAAAUCACUUUAUAUAUAGAUUUCUAUAAAUGAUGUACAGCUUUUCAUAUUUAGUAAUGCGAGACUAUUAGGCUAAUACAUCUGUCUAGCAUUGGUCCCAAACUGGGAUAUUUGCUCAAGUGGAAAAUGGAGCGGAAGAUCUGUAGAUGAGAUACAUAUGAGACUAUCAACUUAACUUCUUGUCGGAAAAGUAGUAUUAAAAAAUACAUUGAAAAAUUUUAUCACAAAUAUUUUGAUGGUUAAAGUGAUUCACAAAAAUUGUAAAUCUAUUAAAGUCGUUGCUUGGUUUCCAAUGAAUGUAAGUCCAAUUCAGCAUUCGGCGAUGAGAAGCAAUCCAAUGCAAUACCCAAAAGUGGUUACUCUUCGAACGUUUGCUGUGUUAUAUAUGCAUCUGUUCUGUAUCUUCCAGCUAAUCACAAUAAGAUUGUGCAUUACCUAUUUAGUCUGUGCUAAAUAGGCAUAUAAAAGUGUACGGUAUUUACGUUUCCCAUGCUGAUUCUGUGAGAAUAAGCAAGUUUG